GAUCAAACCUUCUCUUCUUCAUUACUCACCAUGACCAAACCCUCGGAGCCAACUAGAGACUCCCACGUGGCAGUUCUCGCUUUUCCUUUCGGUACUCACGCAGCUCCUCUCCUCACCGUCACGCGCCGCCUCGCCUCCGCUGCUCCUUCCACCGUCUUCUCCUUCUUCAACACCGCGCAAUCCAACUCUUCGUUAUUUUCCCCAAGCGACGAAGCAGAUCGUCCUGAGAACAUCAGAGUCUACGAUGUUCCCGACGGUGUUCCGGAGGGAUACGUGUUUAGCGGGAGACCUCAGGAGGCGAUCGAGCUGUUUCUCGGAUCGGCGCCGGAAAAUUUCCGGAGAGAAAUCGCGGCGGCGGAGACGGAGGUUGGUAGGGACGUGAAAUGUUUGUUGACUGAUGCGUUUUUCUGGUUCGCGGCUGAUAUGGCGACGGAGAUGAAUGCAUCGUGGGUUGCGUUUUGGACCGCCGGAGAAAACUCACUCUCUGCUCAUCUCUACACAGAUCUCAUCAGAGAAACUAUCGGCGUCAAAGAAGUAGGUGGGCGUAUGGAGGAGACAUUAGGGUUUAUUUCAGGAAUGGAGAAGAUCAGAGUCAAAGACACACCAGAAGGAGUUGUGUUUGGUAAUUUAGACUCUGUUUUCUCGAAGAUGCUGCACCAAAUGGGACUUGCUUUGCCUCGUGCGACUGCGGUUUUCAUCAAUUCUUUUGAAGAACUGGAUCCUACGUUGACCGAUAACCUCAGAUCAAAAUUCAAACGUUACCUGAACAUCGGUCCUCUCGGGUUAUUAUCUUCUACAUUGCAACUAGUGCACGAUCCUCACGGCUGUUUGGCUUGGAUAGAGAAGAGAUCCCUUGGUUCUGUGGCGUACAUUAGCUUUGGUACGGUCAUGACACCGCCUCCUAGAGAGCUUGCGGCUAUAGCAGAAGGGUUGGAAUCGAGCAAAGUGCCUUUUGUUUGGUCGCUUAAGGAGAAGAACUUGGUUCAUUUACCAAAAGGGUUUUUGGAUAGGACAAGAGAGCAAGGGAUAGUGGUUCCAUGGGCACCGCAAGUGGAACUGCUGAAACACGAGGCAACGGGUGUGUUUGUGACGCAUUGUGGAUGGAACUCGGUGUUGGAGAGUGUUUCGGGAGGUGUUCCGAUGAUUUGCAGGCCGUUUUUUGGGGAUCAGAGAUUGAACGGAAGAGCAGUGGAGGUUGUGUGGGAGAUUGGAAUGACGAUUAUCAAUGGAGUCUUCACAAAAGAUGGUUUUGAGAAGUGUUUGGAUCGAGUUUUGGUUCAAGAUGAUGGUAAGAAGAUGAAAUGUAAUGCUAAGAAGCUUAAAGAGCUAGGACACGAAGCUGUCUCUUCGAAAGGAAGCUCCUCUGAGAAUUUCGGAGGAUUGUUGGAUGCAGUUGCGAGCAUUGUUUAUAUCUCAGAGGAUCUUGCGGAAAAGACCGGUCAAGCCUACUCAAAAGAUCCAAGAAAUGUGGCAAAUGCGGUCGUGGUGGCCAAGGAAGCCGAUGACACUACCAUUGCAGAGUAUCACGGUCAGGCUAUCCUCGCCGUCACCCACCGUCUCGCCACCGCAUCUCCCUCCACCGUCUUCUCCUUCUUCAACACCUCACAAUCCAACUUUUCAUUAUUCUCCUCCGAUCGUCCUGCGAACAUUCGGGUCCAUGACGUGUCUGACGGUGUUCCCGAGGGAUACGUGCUCUCCGGAAAUCCACAGGAGGCGGUCGAGCUGUUUCUUGAAGCGGCGCCGAAGAUUUUUUGGAGAGAACUCGCGGUGGCGGAGACUGAGGUUGGUAGGAAAGUGACAUGCAUGCUUACGGAUGCGUUCAUCUGGUUCGCUGCGGAUAUGGCGGCGGAGAUGAAAGUGUCGUGGGUUGCUUUCUGGACCUCCGGACAAAACUCGCUCACUGCUCAUCUCUACACAGAUCUCAUCAGAGAAACCAUCGGUGUCAAAGAAGUAGAUGGGCGUAUGGAGGAAACAUUAGGGUUUAUUUCAGGAAUGGAGCAGAUCAGAGUCAAAGACAUACCAGAAGGAGUUGUGUUAGGGAAUUUAGACUCUGUUUUCUCAAAUAUGCUGCACCAAAUGGGACUUGCUUUGCCUCGGGCGACUGCGGUUUACAUGAAUUCAUUUGAAGAAUUAGAUCCUACAUUGACUGUAAACCUCAUGUCGAAAUUCAAACGUUAUUUGAGCAUCGGUCCUCUCGCGUUGUUAUUUUCUCCAUCGCAAAGAGAAACAACAUUGCAUGAUCCUCACGCCUGCUUAGCUUGGAUGGAGAAGCGGUCCACUGAUUCUGUAGCGUACAUUGCCUUCGGUAGAGUCAUGACACCGCCUCCUGGAGAGCUUGUGGCGAUAGCACAAGGAUUGGAAUCGAGUAAAGUGCCUUUUAUUUGGUCGCUCCAAGAGAAGAACAAGGUUCAUUUACCAAAAGGGUUUUUGGAUCGGACAAGAGAGCAAGGGAUGGUGGUCCCAUGGGCACCACAAGUGGAGCUGCUAAACCAUGAAGCAAUGGGUGUGUUUGUGUCGCAUGGUGGGUGGAACUCAGUGUUGGAGAGUGUGUCGGCAGGUGUACCGAUGAUUUGUAGACCGAUUUUCGGGGACCAUGCACUCAAUGCAAGAUCCGUGGAGGCUGUGUGGGAGAUUGGAAUGACGAUUAUUAAUGGAGUUUUCACCAAGGAUGGAUUUGAGGAGAGUUUGGAUCGGGUUUUGGUUCAAGAUGAUGGCAAGAAGAUGAAGGUUAAUGCUAAGAAGCUUAAAGAACUAGCACAAGAAGCUGUCUCUACGGAAGGAAGCUCCUUUGAGAAUUUCAAAGGUUUGUUGGACGAAGUUGUGAAAGUUUAAUGCAAAUUGACUUUGGAUAUAUAAACAAAUAAACAUGUUCUGUUUUA